GUCUACAAAUGCUAUUUCGACGAGAAAUGCAAAUUAGAUUCAGUCACCAGAAAGUUCUGCCGCCGCUGUCGACUCCGCAAGUGCUUCGAGAUCGGGAUGAAACAGGAGUGGAUUCUUAACGACGAGGAAAAACAGGUGCGACGGAAGAAGAUUGAGGAGAAACGGAGCAAAAAACGCAAGAAUUCGGUCCAAAGCUCGUCGUCGGAGACAAAGUCGACGUCGGACUCGUCCAACACCGGGAACCCAUCGCCCGGCGCGUUGGCCACGGAUCUCAACUCCAUUGAAGUGUACGACCAGAACAACGACAUCAGCGACGACGAGAUCAUUCACAACAUCACAGACAUCGAGAGCUAUAUCUUCAGCGACGAUGUGGUCGUUCAUAAGGAUGACGACGACGACGACGAUAACGACGACAUCGCGCCGGACGUCUACCAGAAAGCGGUGGAACUGGAGUUCGCUGUACUCCCGAUCGCCCGACCGAUGGGCGAGAAUAGCAACACGUUUAACGAACUCGAGUACAACCGGUUGACGGAGUUGUUUACGGCGCUCAACAUUAUGCAGACGCAGUUACCCGAGAAUAGCGUCGAAAUGAAGUCCAUGGACGAGAUGUGCAACAUUAUGGCCACCAAAGUGGAUAAGGAGAUCAGGGCACUGGUCACUGUGUCCAAGAAUUUGAGCGCUUUCAACACGAUGUGCGAGAAUGACCAGAUCUCCCUGCUCAAGUACGGGUCCCUUGAGAUAUUCAGUAUGCGGUCUGUACUCACGUACGACUUCAUCAACGACUCAUGGACUUUGGUUAUGGAUAACAAUCAAUCAAUAUUACUGAGGUUUAGUAACCUGGAGUACGACUAUGUGUUCGCCGCCCACAAGAAUUAUUUAAGAAAAAUAGGCAAAGAAUGGGAUUCCGAUCCUUAUAUUCUGGAUUUGUUGACAGCUAUAGUACUAUUUAAUCCGGAUCGUCCAAACCUGAUACACAAGGAUAUGGUUAAACUUCAGCAACAAAUGUAUAUGUAUUUACUUCAACGCUAUCUACUGCUUAAAAGUAAAUCCGAGUGUCACUCAAAAGAGAAAUUCCUGAGGCUAUUGAAUACAUUACACGAUUUGGAAGAAUUCAACAAGCUCAAAAUGACCAAAUGUGCGCAGAGUCGUAAUGCACCGGAGGCUUUCGGACCACUGCUCAGGGAGAUAUUGGAUAUUAACAACUAGAUACUUUGUUCAUACGUUUAGGG